AUAACAAUCGAUAACUCAAUUUGUUUCUAUCGGGAACAGCACGCGUUUGUUUUGUUUUUGAAAUUCGCGUAAUUUCAUGCACCAUGCGGUACGCUCAGAUAAUUGUGGGUCCUGCGGGCAGUGGCAAGUCCACCUACUGCAGCUACAUGCAACAAUACGCCAUGGACAGUAAGCGAAAUAUCCAAGUUGUGAAUCUCGAUCCGGCGGCGGAACACUUCACUUACAGCCCGUUGGCGGACAUACGGGAGCUGAUACACCUGGACGAUGCCAUGGAAGAUGAGGAGCUGCAUUACGGCCCGAAUGGAGGGCUCAUCUUUUGCCUGGAGUUCCUCAUUGAGAACCAGGACUGGCUAAAGGCUCAACUCUGCGGCGGCGAAGAUGAGCUGAUGCUCGGAGAGCCGGACGACGACUAUAUUCUGUUCGACAUGCCCGGCCAGAUCGAGCUGUUUACGCACCUGAAAAUGGGCAAGCAACUGGUGCAGCUGCUCGAGGCGUGGAACUUCCGCACCUGCGUGGUCUUCUGCUUGGACUCGCAGUUCAUGGUGGACGGGGCCAAGUUCAUAUCGGGCACAAUGGCCGCCCUGAGUGUGAUGGCCAACAUGGAGCAGCCGCAUGUGAAUGUGCUGACCAAAGUGGAUCUGCUGAGCGGCGAGGCGCGGAAACAGCUGGAGAUGUACUUGGAGCCGGAUGCCCACAAUCUGAUGGGCGAGCUGACCAUUGGCACGGGCUUCGGGGAGAAGUACAGUAAGCUCACGGAAGCGAUUGGAUCACUGAUCGAGGAUUUCAGCUUGGUGCGCUUCUUUCCGCUGGACUCCCAGGACGAGGAGAGCGUGGGCGAUCUUUUGCUGCAAAUCGACAAUGUUCUGCAGUUUGGCGAGGAUGCUGACGUGCAAGUACGUGAUUUUGAUGAACCAGAGGAGGGCGAACGGGAUGAAUAAAAUAAAUAUUUAAUAAUUUUAAGGCCUGGCAUGUAUUGCUGUAAAUGUAAAUAAAAAAUAAGAGUGCUAAAAUGAC